UAAUGAAUUAUUAAUGAGUUUUAGAAUUCCAUGUCAAAGUAAGUGGUCCAUACAGCUCAAGCUUAUCUUGGUUUCCCUAUAAUAAUAAUUAGCAUUAAGUAUUAAAGCAUUAAGUAUUAAACCAUUAAGUAACUAGGAGUAUUUCAGGGGUUUCAAUAACAAUAACAUCCAGGUAGAAAAUCCACACAGCCCAAAGAGCCUUGCCAAUUGGCACGGCUCAAUUGCCUACAAGAGAUCAUUGCAGAUAACUCAAUCAUGAUUCAGAUUUAUCAUUACUGGUGGAUUUGUUCAUGAUUUUGACAUAUUUAAAUGGGCUCUCAUGCAGAUCAUUAAUUUGUUUUCAUAAUGCUGUUGCGUAAAAUUUUGCUCCACAAUUAUUUGAAGAUACAAGGGAAGUAAUACAUACUAUAACCAGCAAAAAUCAUGGCUUCUUUGACUUAAAAUAAGCUUAACUAUUUAGAAGACUGCUGGACAGCCUUCUGAAAAAGACAGGAACAUUGCUAUGUAAAAUACCAAAAUAAUAUUAAUAUCCAUACUGUUCACAUCCACUCACUUUGCCUAGUGUCCUGGCAUUCUUACAUCUCCCUCUGGACUUGAUGCUUGUCCAUUGCAUUGUUACCUCAGGGUUCGGAAAAAGUGGUUGUGCCAUGUAUUCCAUACUUUUUUCACUGAUUAUGAGCUACUUCUAUAUAAUAAAAGCUCACUGAAUGUACUUGCUUGAUAUUAAGCAUUUUUCUGUCCAAAAUCGUUUCUUGUCCAAGCAAAAAUAGAUUUGACAGGACAACUUGACUGGGACCAGUCGGAAAAUUAUUUCACGCCCUGUAUACAUCAUCAUUGUUAUCAUCAUCGUCGUCGUCGCCGUCAUUGUCUUCAUCAUCAUCAUCAUCAUCAUCAUCGUCAUUUAUUUGCCACGUAAAUAAUGAAAGAUAGUAACUAUACUGUAAAAGCGGCAAGGAGACCUCUGAAAGAGAACACUGUCUGUAAAUUUAUUAUAAUUAUCAUUCAGUAUGCCUUUUACUCAUCCAAAGAUUUACUCAUUCAAAGAUUUACUCAUAGCUGAGAUAUUCUGUUGCCUCUCUCUGCCUCAAAUUGACCUGAAACGUUUACUCUUUUGAAAACACAGUUCAGUACUAUCCUGGUAGAUCACCUCUAAGACAGACUUUGCACUUAAUAUGUUUACAUGUGAGUUAUUUUCAUGCAACUUUCAGCAACCAGAGAAUGUGCAAUUUCAGAGGAAGACCUCAGAAACAAGCCUUACUUCAAAGAGGUGGUGAUGAAGUUUGUCUCUUGGAUAGAUGGCAUGGUUAAGCUAGCAAAGAAAAAGCAUGGGAAGUCAUUUUUCCCAGUGUUGUGUGCACACUAUGGCUAUCAAUUUGACUUCUUGAUUUUACUGAGCAGCAUGGAGAGAUCUGGACUCCAUCACUCUAUUCUGACGCAACACAAUGUUCAUUUCGCAGAUAGCUUGUUGUUCUGUAGAGAGUUGAAAGACAAUGGGGAAAAGCUGUUGGACAAUACAAGACUUUCACUUGACGCACUAUUUAAGAAAUUCUUUCCAAAGAAAAUUUUGGCAGACAGGCACAGAGCCAUGGGUGAUGUGGAUGGAAUGGUAAAGAUCUUUACUCAGACACCACUAAGAAAACUGCUACAUCGUAUGAAGUAUUCAUCUACCAAAGAAAGAUUGGAGUACUACAUUUCUCAGAAUGGAUCUAAACAGCAACAAGCUAUUUUGGAAGAGAAAUUUCACAAAUUGGAUGCUUGCAGUAAGAAUAUGUCCAUCAAGAAACUGCUGAAGGAAGGUGUGACUUAUAACACUCUAAGGAAGAUCUUUGAAGAGUGCUGCUCAUUCUUAGAUUUCUAUGAAACUAUGAAAACCUAUGGCAUUGAAAGGAAAGUGUCAAAGGUCAUGGCAUUGCAUUUCAGUGGACAAGGUUUUGAAAAUCAAGGUGCUAGAGAGCUGUCAAGACUUUAUGAAGAAAAGCCAACAACACGAGUGUCAUCGGAAAAUCAAGAGAAUGGCAAGGUUUUGCAGCCUGAUAAUCCUGCACACAAACCGCAACCAAGGAUGUCUGCCGCAAAUAACCUACCAGUUGCUAAGUCAUCUAACCAGGCUGAGGCUGGCGAGGAUUGGGAGAAUGAGGUAGCAACAGCUGCACCUCGGACAGACUUCACCCUGAAGUGCACAACUCCCACACCCCUCAGCAUGGAUGUUGAAGACAUUUCGUCUACACAGUGGCUUAAGACAACGCGCAGCGAGAGUCCAAAAGGGAAACCCCAAGCUGCAAUUGCCCAUUCCCAUUCUCAGAAGCAUGACGGUAGAAAUGGUGAAGUCACCAGUAAGAGACUUCAGGGAAAAGCCAGGAAAGCUGUCGUCAGAGACCGAUCUUCAAAUUCAACGUCGAGUGCACCAAAGCAGUUUAGCGAAAAGAGUGGCAAACUUAAGAGACCAUUCAAAGAAAGUAAACAAGAGGGAAGGAUGAAAAAGGAGCCCAUAUCUUCAAAAAGAGGGAGCAAAAAUGAAUCUAGUAAGAAGAAAACACCUAAAUCAAAAGACACCUCUGAGGGACAUUCAGAUGAGAAGACUACUGAAACAUCAGUUGGCAGUGUCUCUUCAGAAGGAAUUAAACCAAAGCUUGAACCAGGAGAAUCACCUGGUGAAGAAAAUAGUUUGCCAAGUGAAUGCCCACAUGAGAAGUCGCAGCCUCCAGUCGCUCCUGAGCUGCUUGGUGAUUCAUCAGUAGCAAACGUUGUCCGUCAGUUCACCAGUGUUUUCAUAGGAGACAUUGCAAUUCUUGUUCCUGUUGAAAACUGUGUAGAUGCUGAUUCUAAUGCGGCUGCAAUAAACGAAUGUGAGUCAUACCGUCACGAUCAGCUGGAAGAUGCAGCUAUCACCAAGUGUGGCAAAGUGGUUGACAAUUCACGUUUGCGGCAAUCGGCAAAGGAAUCUUUUGAAAAACGCGAUCAAAAUGAGACUAAACCCGCAGCUACCAAGCCGGACAGUAUGGUUGAGAAUCAACAACCAAAUCAAGAGUCUUCCACAGUCAAUGUCGUCAUCCCUGUCGUAUCUGUUAGUGCCCAAUCUGAAUGUGGCACUUCUAAUGGACCUCUUGAAAUGCAUUCUCAAGACCAGGCAAAGGCCUCAGUUACCGAGUUUAAGAAAGUAAUGGAUACUGCACCAAUAAAUCUUGAGUCAUCUGAAGAGAAUGCCAUGAAGUCUAGCAAGCUGGCAUCUGAUUCUCAGUCUGAGCCAGGCUCACCGCCGCAUAGAGUGCCUGAAACAUGCAGUCCAAACCAGUAUGAAGUAGAGAUUGUCGCCUCGCCAUUGAACCUAGAUCAGUCGCCAGGGAGUGCCAUGAUACCUGAUUCGCUAGUAUCCAGUGACAGAGCAGAGGAAACGAGUGAUAGCAAUGAUGUGAACAAAAAUGUGACUACGAGCAACCACUUGACGGAAGAUAUCUUAGAUGGAACUGAGCACCAAGAUACAACACUUCUUAGUAAUGGCCAGGAUCCAGCUUGCCCUGUGAAGUCGUACCAGGGUGAGACAGUGAUUGGAGUGGGUAUUCCAUGGGAAGAGCUGCAACAGAUUCACUGUACAUCUUUGCCAGACGAGAUGUCCCUGACGUCUUCAGAUCCAGUAGCUCAACCGAUGUACGGAAGCUUUGUCAUGAAUCACGGAAUGGCAAGCCAUUUUAUCACCACCGAGGAUGCCAACCAGGCAAGUCGUGAUUUACGGGCAGAACUGUCAUCUGAGAGCAGCAGUACCAGUGGGGAACAACCUGUUGAUUUGUUUUCGCGACAGCCACCUCUUGGUGCUGAGCGAGGGUAUACUCCUGAUGCAGUGCAACACCAGCUGUCUUGGUUGGGAAACACAAAUGAUGGAAUAUGUCAGAUGUCACCGGGUCCUGGCUUUAGUAACUACAACCAGACAUCAUUUCCAACUUUGGCAAAUCCUUAUGGUACAUUCCACCAAGCACAACAGGCACUGCCUCUAUUAAAGCCAUGUUACCCAACAUUUGCUUAUCACAAUCAUGCCCGGCCUAUGAUUCCACCUUACAUGACGCAGCCUCAACAAGUUUUUAUGCCGCCAUUCCAGUACAGAAAUCAAGUGAUGUUCUCCAACAUGACACCUGCAGGUGUUGGUUUUCCACCUCUGCCUCCACCACAGCUGCAGCCUCAGAUGUACCCCUUUCUGCCAGUUAAUGGUGGGUAUUCCUGUCCCCCCAUGUCAUUUUGUGGCAAUCCUUACGAACGAUCACCACAGUCCUUGGUAGGUGCAACAGUGGACGUUAACAAUGCAGGUCUUACGUACCCAGCACAUGCAUUGUCCCAAGUGGGUCCCACUAUUGACGACUGCCAAAACCUCACAGUGGUUUCAAACGGAUCACAACUCAGUGACGAGAGAGAUGAAUCUAGCUCAGAGUUAUCAUCGAGUGAGAGUUCACUUGAACUAAUGAUGGGUUCAGCAACAAGUCAAAUGUGUGGCAGUUCGACUCUUGUUCAAGAAUCGUUACCCGUUCAGACGGAGAACGAUUCAGGGUUUUCAACGUCAUUAACAUAUGAAGACAAACAGAAUGGAGUGAUUGAAGACCAGAAUGGGAAAGUGUCUUGGUCUGAAAACGUAUCCGAGUACAAGAACGACGGCCAAGUCUUCAACUUAGCACAUCUAUGUUACAAGGAAGUACCAAGUGAUGAAGUUUAUGUGAGCAAGUUGAAAGACAAUUCUUUUCUGAAUAACUCUAAGGAAUUUUUCAGCCACCAACUUCCUGAAGGUCAGGAGGACCUUGUUCAUAAACAGAUCACAAUCCUGUCUCGGGAAGAGAGUGACAUGGCUAUGGGAAGGCGGCUCUCACCUGACGGAAGCAGCAUGGAUGGCGUUUGUUUUGAUUUACCAAGUGAUGUCAGUUCUGCGCAGAAUCUUGAAAAAAUGUCCGAAGUCAAAAGUUCAUCCGCACUUCAUCGAUCGGAGGAACACUGUAGCUACAGGCCAAGUGAUGUGAAAGAAAAGGGGAAAGAAAGAAGAAAAGACAGAAACUUUUCACCUAGGCCUCAGCGAGCGAGAGGAAACCGAAGUAGAAGGAACAAGGGUACACAGGAGUCGUCUGUAUCAGUUUCAUCACAGAAAGACCAUCAACCAGUGACUGGGCCUCCAAAUGAAAGCGUUAUUUCAAAUACCCGUCCUGAUGCACAAUCUAUCUCUUCUAAAAACAACUAUGACUCUUUGGGCUCAAAUCGUGCCAGCAAUUCUUGUGAACAAUCACAGCCAAAGAAUCAUAGAAGAGUAAGAUUUUCAAAGGAGGACGUGGAACGUCAGUCGGCAGAGACUAUUAAACCCUGCAGCAAUCCUCGCCGAGCAAAUGCUACGAUUCCAGGGCAGGAGAAAGAAAAAAUGGGCAUCACUUCGGUCGAAGAAAUAUCUAGGUUAAGCUAUAGUGGAGAUCAGAAUAUGAAUGACUUGGAAGGAAGUCAAACACGCUCUGUUAAUAGGAGUUCUACAAUAACAACGAAAGUAGAGGAGGAGAAGGUACAAUAUGAGGAUAGUGGGUACAAGGACAGGCCGCAGAAACACGCGGAGAAAAGAAUGAACAGUGAAAAGAGGCCCGCCAACCUCAAGACUGGGAAUUUCAGAAAACGAGCUUUCAACGACAAAGGGAAGGGAUCAUAUAAAGAAAAACAACCUGUAAAAGUAAUUUCACAAGUGAAGAAACCUGAAACAGACACAAGAACAGACAAGAAUAACAAUUCAAAGUAGAUACAUAGAUUUACGAGGUUGUUUUUUUGUGGGUGUAGAGAGUGGAAACUUCCCUAGUACGUCCUAGCAGAACGUAAAUUACUUGUGUUUUGACAAGUCUAUAGUAUAAAUCAGGAAAAGUUUAAUACCACAGCACACCGUGGCAACGUCGUAAUAGAGCAUAGACUACUCAUUGUGUUUUGGAACGUGCAUAGAUCAAUCAGGAAAAGUUGAAUACCAAAGUACACCGUACCAGACUGUUUUUCCUGUCGUUGCAACUUUAUUUGACAAGCGCAGGUGUAGUUCAAGUAUUAUUUAUUAUUGCAAUGUGGUGUAAAGAAUGUAGGAUUUGCUCAUGUGAUCCUGAAAUCACCGAGCAAACUGCAAGAACAGUUUAGUUGGUUCUUGUUGAAGUGGAAGUAAUUUUAUCAAAAUAAACGUUUCAGAGUUCUGAGGUUGCUAUAACUAGUCCAGAACAUUUGAUGAGUCAUCGAGUGCAAUGCAACGAUUUCUUAAAAACCAUGUGAAAUCUUUUGAAAUUUGCCAAGUUUAAAUUAAGACAAUAUGUAGGAACAUAUUUUUAAUCAAUACAAAGAGAUACAUUUUUGUAACCGAGGUCAUAAUUUAAGAACAUAUUGUCGUGUUCGUUAUUUUGCAGUUGUAUUGUCGUUGUUGUUAUCGCAUUGUUACGUUACGGAGACUGCGUUCUCUUUUGAUAUCCUUCUCUAAAUAUAUUUUAAUAAAGUUCGUGUUUGUUAGAGAAAAAGUA